CCAACAUGUCCCUUUUCUCUCCCUCUCUCUGUCUUUAUAUAAAAUGCCAUCUUGUUUGUAUGCGUUAGUAAGUAGUCUUUGCCAUAUAAAUUGUGUUUCUUUGGAUCUUUCAUUUCCAAAUUCUAAUUAACUGAGAUUUAAUUCGUCUUCCGUUUGAAGAAUUGACGGUUGUAUGCAAACAAGGCUACUUUGCUUAUGAAUUUUAUUGGUCCACCAGGUUGGUUGGAUCGAUGGCGAGGAAUCAACAAGCAAUCAGGCAUGCUUCUUAAUUUUGCUCUUGAAAUUCUGCAAGCAGUGCAUCAUAAUGUUUAUGGACUUGGAUCUGAUGGAAAGGAUAGGCUAGUAAAAUUGGUGCAGGAAAUGCAACACUCUAAAGUGUUUAAAUCUGAAAAUGGAACUCUGUUUGGAGCAAAGAUUACUGGUGGAGGCUCCGGUGGCUCUGUUUGCAUACUAGGAAGGAAUUCUGUCUACGAGGCAGCGAACAGAUUCUAGAGGUAAAACCUCAGUUGAGGAAAAUAAAAUAAAGAUUAUAGAAACUGUUUAUCGUGCUUAAGUUAAGACAUGGGCUACAAACAAGUUAUAAGUUGUAACCCUUCAUUUGCUGUAAUAGAACACAAAGAAUAAGGCCAGGGUGUAGUAAUUUUUUCUUUUUUUACCUACAAAUAGUAAGAACAAUUUUGACACAGCAAAUAGUAGAAA